CCUGUCGCUGCCGCUACGUACGGGUCGCGCCGGUUGCGCGGCCGCCGUACAGAUCGCGCUAGCUAGCGAGGUGCCCACCAGUGUGCUGCCGGCGCCGCUCGAAUGCCCGGCGUGGCCGAGCCCCUUUUAAUGGCAGACCUGCUGAGAGAGACGCUCCCGCGAUAGAUUCCCUCCCGACACCGCCUGGCCUUUCCGCCGCCCGCCCCCAUCUCUAUCUCGCUCUCGCACCCGCUGCGUGCGCCGAGCCACCACCUGCCCCUUACUCCAGGAGAAGGAAAACGGCCUUUUCUUGCGCGCGGUGACGUGCCCGUGAGCUUCCGACGUGCUCUCCUUGUCCUCGUCCGCUCAAGAUGGGGCGGGGGCUCGGCGGCGCAGUCGUCUGCUCAAUGCUGCUACUGCCGGCGCUGCUGGCGCUCGCCGCCUCGCAGCCGCCUUCCCCGGCCCUCUCGCCGGCUCAGAGCGCGCCGCGGCCUACUUCGGCGCCGGCCGCGAGGGCGUCCACGCCAGCUCCGAGGAUGUCGCAGCCACCGGUGCCGGCUUCCGCGAAGCCGUCAUCCCCGCCAUCCGCAGCGCCAGCUGGGAAGCCAUCCCCGUCUCCGAGGCCGGCUCCAACGCUGCCGCCUCCACCCCGCGCGGCACCGACGCCGAGGCCGUUGCCUCCGCCUGCCUCGCCAGUUCCUGCCGCGCCGCGGCCGGCUCCGCCGCCGAGGCAGUCGCAACCACCUGCCGCGCAUGCUCCGCCUGCGCCACGGCCCGGCUCCGACGCCGCCGCCGCCGCCGCCCUGGUCGUCGCAGGCGCCAAGGCCGUCACCUUCACCUACCAUACCGGCCCCGCAACCGCCAACGGCUCCGAAACCGUCUCCAUCACCGGCUUCACCACCGCCACCGGCUACGCCGCAGCAUUCGGCGAACUCCACACCGUCGACGUCCUCGACAUUGGGCCAGCUCUCGCCCAGCUUCUACGCGCAGUCCUGCCCGGGCGUGGAGCUGGCGGUGAGGGAUGUGGUCAGGUCGGCCUCCUUACUGGACCCUUCUAUCCCCGGCAAGCUUCUCAGGCUGGUCUUCCAUGACUGCUUCGUCGAGGGAUGCGAUGCGUCAGUGCUGAUACAAGGUAGCGGCACGGAGAGGACUGAUCCUGCAAAUCUCUCGCUUGGUGGGUUCAACGUCAUCGAUGCUGCCAAGAGAUUGCUUGAAGUCGUAUGCCCUGCAACUGUUUCUUGCAGUGACAUUAUUGUCCUUGCUGCAAGAGAUGCUGUUGUGUUUACCGGAGGACCGGCGGUGCCUGUCAUGCUGGGAAGGCGAGACGGCCUGGUCUCCUUGGCAUCCAACGUCCGGAGAAACAUCAUCGACACCGGCUUCUCCGUUGACGCUAUGGCAGCCAGCUUCACCGCCAAGGGGCUCACCCUGGACGACCUCGUCACCCUCUCAGGGGGGCACACCAUCGGGUCGGCGCACUGCAACACGUUCCGGGAGCGGUUCCAGGUGGCGAACGGGAGCAUGGCGCCGGUGGACGGGUCGAUGAACACGGACUACGCGAACGAGCUGAUCCGGGCGUGCUCGGCGAACGGCACCGUGUCGGCGGGCACGGCGGUGGACUGCGACUCCGGGUCGGCGUCGGUCUUCGACAACCGCUACUUCGCCAACCUGCUGGAGGGGCGGGGCCUGCUGCGCACGGACGCCGUGCUGGUGCAGAACGCCACGACGAGGGCCAAGGUGGCGGAGUUCGCGCAGAGCCAGGACGGGUUCUUCGCGAGCUGGGCCGACUCGUACGCCAGGCUCACCGGCCUCGGCGUCAAGACCGGUGCCGACGGCGAGAUCAGGCGGACCUGCUCCAGCGUGAACGGCUGAUGGUGGGGGUCGAUCGGUCAGGGCGGGAAGCAAAGUACAUGUAGGGCGAUCUGUUGCAUUUUAAUCUAGUGAUAUAUUGUGCACUUGCGAAAUGAAAAAAAAAUCGAUGCCAAAUCAUAUAGUUCACAAAUUGACCGACAACAUCCACAUGAAUAGACCA